AUGGCUUUCCUUUUACUUGUCUCCUGUUUGGCUUUGGCCAGCACAGCUUAUGGCUGUGGAACUCCCAGUAUCUCCCCUGUUGUCACUGGCUAUGCUAGGAUAGUCAAUGGUGAAGAGGCAGUUCCAGGAUCAUGGCCCUGGCAAGUCUCUCUUCAGGACAAUACUGGAUGGCAUUAUUGUGGGGGUUCUCUGAUUAGCAACAACUGGGUGGUAACAGCCGCUCACUGCACUGUUGGUUUAACUGACCGUGUUGUUCUCGGAGAACAUGACAGAAGUUCAUCUGCUGAAGCAAUCCAAUCUCUAGCUGUUGCACAAGUUUUUACUCAUCCAGGUUGGGAUUCCAACACCAUUAACAAUGACAUUGCCCUGGUUAAACUCGCCACGCCAGCCGUUUUUGGGUCCAAUGUAGCCCCAGUGUGCUUAGCUAACCCUGGUGAAGUAUACGAUGAUGGGCGCACCUGCGUUACAAGUGGAUGGGGAAAGACAAGAUGGCUAGCAUUUAACACCCCCAGCAAACUGCAGCAGACUGCCCUACCUGUACUGUCCAAUGAAAACUGUAAAACCUACUGGGGCAGUAACAUCAGUGAUGUCAUGGUCUGUGCUGGAGCUGCUGGGUCAUCUUCUUGCAUGGGUGAUUCUGGCGGACCCCUUGUGUGUGACAGAAAUGGGGCUUGGACACUGGUUGGAAUUGUGUCAUGGGGAAGCAGCACAUGCUCAACCUCAACCCCAGCUGUUUAUGCCCGUGUCACUGAGCUCCGUGGAUGGGUGGACCAGAUUGUUGCUUCAAAUUAAUGAACCAAAGCUAAGGAAUUUCUUC